AUGCUUGGCAUUUUAAGAAAAUUGAUCUAUUUUGAGAGAACAAUUAUCGUUCUCGUGGGACUUCCUGCUCGGGGAAAGACAUACAUGUCUCGAAAACUUACGCGCUACAUGAAUUGGAUUGGUAUUAAUACACGUGUGUUUAAUGUCGGUGACUAUCGUCGAAAAGCUACAUUAUUUUUAGCAAGUUUAAAUGGCUGUCUUAGGAAGGCAGCUAAAGAUGCCUUAAAUGAUCUCACAGAAUGGUUAGAAGGUGAUGGCGAAAUCGCAGUUUUUGACGCAACCAAUACAACUCGUAAACGCAGAGAUAUGAUAUACGAACACUGCAAAGAGCACAAAUUUAAAAUUAUUUUUGUGGAAUCUAUUUGUGAUAAUAAGGACGUUAUUCAAGCCAGUAUUCUAGAAGUUAAGGUCAACAGUCCAGAUUAUAUCGGCAUGGAUAAAGAAACUGCAAAACAAGAUUUUCUCAAGCGAAUCGAACUCUAUGAAGCCAGAUAUGAACCGAUUGAUGAUACGAGAGAUAAAGAUAUUCCUUUUAUUAAAAUUAUUAAUCAGGGUCAACGGUAUCUGGUCAACAGAAUUGCUGGCAAUGUUAGUAGUCGUAUCGUUUAUUAUCUUAUGAAUAUCAGCGUAGCAAAACGAACUAUUUAUUUAGUUAGACAUGGGGAAAGUUUAUUUAAUCUAGCUGGAAAGCUAGGUGGCAACUCAGGUCUUUCGCCGAAUGGAAAACUGUUUGCUCAAAAGUUGGCUAAAUUCAUGGCCAAUGAAAAUCGACCAGAUUUGAAGGUCUGGUCAAGUCAUAUGACUCGAACUAUUGAGACGGCUGAUCAUAUUGAUUGCUCUCGAAUUGAGCACUGGAAAGCUCUGGAUGAACUCAAUGCCGGCGUUUGUGAGGGUAUGACAUAUGAUGAAAUCCAACAGAAGUAUCCAAAGGAAUUUGCACGUCGAGAUAUCGAUAAAUUCCGUUAUCGCUACCCUAUGGGAGAGUCUUACGAGGACUUGGUGGCACGAUUGGAGCCCGUAAUCAUGGAACUGGAACGACAAGGCGACGUUCUUGUUAUUUGUCAUCAAGCUGUCGCCCGAUGCCUUUUGGCAUACUUUACAGAAGUUGACAAAGCGGAACUACCCUACAUUAGAGUGCCUCUCCAUACCGUGUUCAAGCUCACAUCCUCAGCCUAUCGCUGUAUUGUGGAGACACUCAAAAUUGACGUUGACGCUGUAGAUACGCAUAGAAGCAAACCUAUCGUGAGUUAUGCCAUUUUUUCUGUCUAA